GUGAGUAUAAAGAUGGGAGCGAUGUUACAGCACAUACGGAAGCAACUUUAUGUUGUAAUAAUGAUGGGAAUCUCACAAACCCUGAUGUUUCUCCAGCGGAACAGCCCCCACCGGCCAAUGGGAUUAAAGAGGAAGAGGCUUCAUGGGAAGAGGAAAACCAAUCAGAUUGCAGCAUUAAUCCCCUUACAGAACAGAUACAGGGAACAGACACGCCUACUCCUAUCAUGGGGUGCAGCCUGAAUAACAGCUCGGCAGUUAAUUAUGCAUCAAAUGAUGUAAAGGAACAGCCCCCACCGGCCAAUGGGAUUAAAGAGAAGGCGGCUUCAUGGGAAGGGGGGAACCAAUCAGAUUGCAGCAUUAAUCCCCUUACAGACCAGAUACAGGGAACAAAUACUCCUAUCAUGGGGAGCAGCCAGAAUACCUUACAAAUGAUGGAUGAUAAUCAUGAUGAAAAGUCCCACCAAUCUCCGCAGAAAUCUCACAUAGCAAAAAGAGUAGUACGUAUGAAAUACAGCUGCAAUGAGUGUCAUAUGCAUUUUAGUAAUAAGAGAGACUUUUAUAAACACCAGAGAACUGAACUUUAUCGUUAUCAAAUGACUCACACAGAGGAGAAACGAUUUUCUUGUUCUGAAUGCGGGAAAUGUUUUUCAAAACGAUACACCCUUAUUUGUCAUAAAAGGACUCACACAGGGGAGAAACCAUUUUCUUGUUCUGAAUGUGGGAAAUGUUUUUCAAAACGAUAUACCCUUAUUUCUCAUCAAAGUACUCACACAGGGGAGAAACCAUUUUCUUGUUCGGAAUGUGGGAAAUGUUUUUCAUACAAAUCUCAACUUAAAACUCACCGUAGAAUCCACACAGGGGAGAAACCAUUUUCUUGUUCUGAAUGUGGGAAAUGUUUUUCAUACAAAUCUCGCCUUAACACUCACCAUAGAACCCACACAGGAGUGAAACCAUUUUCUUGUUCUGAAUGUGGGAAAUGUUUUUCAGACCAGUCACAGCUUAAAACUCACCAUAAAACUCACGCAGGGGAAAAAACAUUUUCUUGUGUUGAAUGUGGGAAAUGUUUUUCAAAUGUAGCUGAGCUUGAUUGUCAUCAAAGGACUCACAAAGGGGAGAAACCAUAUUCUUGUUCUGAAUGUGGAAAAUGUUUUUCACAUCAAUCACUCCUUAAAAAGCAUCAUAGAACCCACACAGGGGAGAAACCAUUUUCUUGUUCUGAAUGUGGGAAAUGUUUUUCAAAGCAAUCCCACCUAAAAAUUCAUUAUAGAACCCACACAGGGGAGAAACCAUUUUCAUGUUCUGAAUGUGGGAAAUGUUUUUCAUACAAAUCUCACCUUAAAACUCACCAUAGAACUCACACAGGAGAGAAACCAUUUUCAUGUUCUGAAUGUGGGAAAUGUUUUUCAGAGCAUACCCACCUUAAAACUCAUUAUAAGACCCACACAGGGGAGAAACCUUAUUCUUGUUCUGAAUGUGGGAAAUGUUUUGUAAGGAAAUGCCAACUACAUAGUCAUCAAAGGACUCACAAAGGGGAGAAACCAUUUUCUUGUUCUGAAUGUGGGAAAUGUUUUUCACAUCAAUCCCAACUUAAAAUUCAUCAUAGAACUCACACAGGGGAGAAACCAUUUUCUUGUUCUGAAUGUGGGAAAUGUUUUUCACAACAAUCCUACCUUAAAAAGCAUCAUAGCACCCACACAGGGGAAAAGAAAUACAGCUGCAAUGAGUGUGAUAAACACUUUAGUAAUAAGAGAGACUUUCAUAAACACCAGAGAACCCACAAAAGAGAGAAACCUUUUUCUUGUUCUGAUUGUGGGAAAUGUUUUUCAAAACGCUGUAACCUUAUUUCUCAUGAAAGGACUCACACAGAGGAGAAACCAUUCUCUUGUGUUGAAUGUGGGAAAUGUUUUUCAAACCAAUCUGUGCUUGAUCGUCAUCAAAGGACCCACACAGGGAAGAAACCAUUUUCUUGUUCUGAAUGUGGGAAAUGUUUUUCAAUACAAUCCCACCUUAAAAUUCAUUUUAGAACCCACACCGGGGAGAAACCAUUUUCAUGUUCUGAAUGUGGGAAAUGUUUUUCACAGCAAUCCCACCUUAAAAUUCAUUUUAGAACCCACACAGGGGAGAAACCAUUUUCAUGUUCUGAAUGUGGGAAAUGUUUUUCAGUUAAAUCUGAGCUUUAUCGUCAUCAAAGGAUUCACAGAGGGGAGAAACCAUUUUCAUGUUCUGAAUGUGGGAAAUGUUUUUCACUGCAAUCCCACCUUAAAAUUCAUUUUAGAACCCACACAGGGGAGAAACCAUUUUCAUGUUCUGAAUGUGGGAAAUGUUUUUCAGAUCAAUCCAAUCUUAAAACUCACCAUAGAACCCACCCAGGGGAGAAACCAUUUUCUUGUUCUGAAUGUGGGAAAUGUUUUUCAAUCCAAUCUGAGCUUGAUCGUCAUCAAAGGCUUCACACAAGGGAGAAACCAUUUUCUUGUUCUGAAUGUGGGAAAUGUUUUUCACAGCAAUCCUACCUUAAAAUUCAUUAUAGAACCCACACAGGGGAGAAACCAUUUUCUUGUGCUGAAUGUGGGAAAUGUUUUUCAAUCCAAUCUGAGCUUGAUCGUCAUCGAAGGACUCACACAGGGGAGAAACCAUUUUCUUGUUCUGAAUGUGGAAAAUGUUUUUCACAGCAAUCCCACCUUAAAAUUCAUUAUAGAACCCACACAGGGGAGAAACCAUUUUCAUGUUCGGAAUGUGGGAAAUGUUUUUUAGACCAAUCCAAUCUGAAAAUUCAUUAUAAAACCCACACAGGGUUGAAACCAUUUUCUUGUUCUGAAUGUGGGAAAUGUUUUUUAAGAAAAUCUCAGCUAGAUCGUCAUCAAAGGACUCACAAAGAGGAGAAGCCAUUUUCCUUGUCUAAAUGAGUUAAAUGAUUUGCAUGGAACAGUCGUCUAAAAAUACUUUCACAAUGAGGAAAACCGUAAACUCGUUAUACAAAGGAAGCAUCAGGCAAACAUUGUCUUUCAAGCAGAUUACAUCGUAAUAUAUGUUUUAAAAAAAAUUUUAGAUUAACUUUUUUUAUUGUUUUUACAACAUACAUGUAGACAAUACAACAAUGAAAACAAAAAAGGAAGAGAAAAAGAAAAAAAAAAAUAGGGAAGGGAGAUUAUGUAUAACUGAUUACAGUAUGGCGGUAGCAUAUUAAACAUGUUGGCAAAAGUAAUAUAAUAAAAUAGGUUCGGUUGGCAUGACAAAGAU